CCCUCCCUCCCUUCCCCUCCCUCAGCGGGACCGGCCCCGCGGUGUCGCCGCCGCCACCCGCCAGGUCCGCCCUUCAGCGCCCCGGUGAGUGCCGACGUUCCGGGGGGGGCCGCGCCCGGCAUUAGGAUCAAGCAGCUCCCGGUUCCCCCGCAGCGACCGGGCCGAGGAUGGACUGGGAGUGAUUCCCGGAGGAACGAGAGGAAACGGGAACCCCCCCAAAAUGAAAGUGGAUCGGACGAAGCUGAAGAAAACCCCGACGGAGGCGCCUGCCGACUGCAGGGCCCUCAUCGAGAAGCUCAAGGCCUGCACGGACGAGCAGUUGGUGACGGAGCUGCAGCAGAUCAAGACAUGGAACAUCGGCAAGUGCGAGCUGUACCACUGGGUGGACCUGCUGGACCGGUUCGACGCGCUGCUGGCCGAGGCGGGGCGGCCGGUGGACACCAUGAGCUGGAUGCUGAGCUGCGACCGGCCCGAGCGGCAACCCCUGAAGGCCCUGCUGCUGGCCCUGCUCAACUUCACCGCCCUGCUCAUCGAGUACAGCUUCUCCAGGCACCUCUACAGCUCCAUCGAGCACCUGACCACCCUGCUGGCCUCCUCGGACAUGCACGUGGUGCUGGCCGUGCUCAACCUGCUCUACGUGUUCAGCAAACGCUCCAACUACAUCACCCGCCUGGGCUCCGAGCGCAGGGGGCCCCUGCUGGCCCGGCUGCAGCACCUGGCUGAGAGCUGGGGUGGAAAGGAGAACGGGUUCGGUUUGGCCGAGUGCUGCCGGGACCUGCACAUGAUGAAAUACCCCCCCAGUGCCACCACCCUGCACUUCGAGUUCUACGCCGAGCCGGGGGUCGAGGUCAAGGUGGACAAGAGGGCCACCAGCACCACCCUGCACUACAUCCACAUCGAGCAGCUGGACAAGAUUUCCGAGAGCCCCUCGGAGAUCAUGGAGUCGCUCACCAAGAUGUACAACAUCCCCAAGGACAAACAGAUGCUGCUGUUCACCCACAUCCGCCUGGCCCACGGCUUCUCCACGCACAGGAAGCGGCUGCAGGCGGUGCAGGCCCGGCUCCACGCCAUCUCCAUCCUGGUGUAUUCCAACGCCCUGCAGGAAUCAGCCAACAGCAUCCUGUACAACGGGCUCAUCGAGGAGCUGGUGGACGUGCUGCAGAUCCCCGACAAACAGCUCAUGGACAUCAAGGCGGCGUCCCUGCGGACCCUCACGUCCAUAGUGCACCUGGAGAGGACCCCCAAGCUGAGCAGCAUCAUCGACUGCACCGGCACCGCCUCCUACCACGGCUUCCUGCCCGUGCUGGUCCGCAACUGCAUCCAGGCCAUGAUCGACCCCUCCAUGGAGCCCUACCCCCACCAGUUCGCCACGGCCCUGUUCUCCUUCCUCUACCACCUGGCCAGUUACGACGCGGGUGGGGAGGCGCUGGUGUCGUGUGGGAUGAUGGAGGCGCUUGCUCAAGGUGGGCUCUCCUCCUUUUUGGGGGGCGGGUUGAACCCGUUUAAGGACCUUCCUGAGCCUGUUUUUGUCCCCACCCCGAAGGUGAUCAAGUUCCUGGGGGAUGAGCAGGACCAGAUCACGUUUGUGACGCGGGCGGUGAGGGUGGUGGAUCUCAUCACCAACCUGGACAUGGCGGCGUUCCAGGCCCACAGCGGCCUCUCCAUCUUCAUCUACCGCCUCGAGCACGAGGUCGACCUGUGCCGCCGGGAGUGUCCCUUUGUCAUCAAGCCCAAGGUGCAGAGACCCCCGGCCACAGCGGCCCCUGAGGGCGAGGACAUGGAGACGGACAUGGAGGUGACCGACGUGGCCAUGGAGAGCAGCCCCUCGGCCCCCCCGGCCGUGCCCAGCACCAGCUCCGGCCCUGGCAGUGCCACCCCCUCCCCACGUGGCGGAGUGCAGUGCAUCCCCCAGCGCGCCGCCCUGCUCAAAUCCAUGCUGAACUUCCUCAAGAAAGCCAUCCAGGAUCCCGCCUUCUCUGACGGCAUCCGCCACGUGAUGGACGGGUCACUGCCCACGUCGCUCAAGCACAUCAUCAGCAACGCCGAGUACUACGGCCCCUCGCUGUUCCUGCUGGCGACCGAGGUGGUGACGGUGUUCGUGUUCCAGGAGCCCUCUCUGCUCUCGUCGCUGCAGGACAAUGGCCUGACCGACGUCAUGCUGCACGCCCUGCUCAUCAAGGACGUCCCAGCCACCCGUGAGGUCCUGGGGUCCCUCCCCAACGUGUUCUCCGCCCUGUGCCUGAACGCGCGGGGGCUGCAGAGCUUCGUGCAGUGCCAGCCCUUCGAGCGCCUCUUCAAGGUGCUGCUGUCGCCCGACUACCUGCCCGCCAUGAGGAGACGGCGCAGCUCCGACCCCCUGGGUGACACGGCUUCCAACCUGGGCAGCGCCGUGGACGAGCUGAUGCGGCACCAGCCCACCCUCAAAACCGACGCCACCACCGCCAUCAUCAAGCUGCUGGAGGAGAUCUGCAGCUUGGGCCGGGACCCCAAGUACAUCUGCCAGAAGCCGUCGAUGCAGAAGGGGGAGGGGGCGGGGGCUGCGCCCCCCCCGCGCUCCCCCCACGCCGCCGAGGAGGCCUCGAGCGAGGAUGAGGAGGAGGAGGAGGUUCAGGCCAUGCAGAGCUUCGGGGCCGCCCAGCAGAGCGAGGCCGAGCCCACCCAGACGGUGGUGGGCACAGAGGAGCGGAUCCCCAUCCCCCUCAUGGAUUACAUCCUGAACGUGAUGAAGUUCGUGGAGUCGAUCCUGAGCAACAACACGACAGAUGAUCACUGCCAGGAGUUCGUGGCCCAGCGGGGGCUGCGGCCCCUCGUCACCAUCCUGGGGCUGCCCAACCUGCCCGUCGACUUCCCCACCUCUGCCGCCUGCCAGGCCGUGGCAGGGGUCUGCAAGUCCAUCCUGACGCUGUCCCACGAGCCCAAGGUUCUGCAGGAGGGGCUGGUGCAGCUGGAGUCGGUGCUGUCGGCGCUGGAGCCGCUGCACCGGCCCAUCGAGGCUCCGGGGGGGUCGGUGCUGCUGCGGGAGCUGGCGGGCGCCGGGGCCGUGCCGGACGCGACGCUGUCAGCCCAGGCCACCCCUCUGCUGCACGCGCUGACCGCUGCCCACGCCUUCAUCAUGAUGUUCGUGCACACCUGCAGGGUGGGGCAGAGCGAGAUCAGGGCCAUCUCUGUGAACCAGUGGGGGUCCCAGCUGGGGCUGAGUGUGCUGGGGAAGCUGAGCCAGCUCUACUGUUCCCUGGUGUGGGAGAGCACCGUGCUGCUGUCCCUCUGCACCCCUAACAGUAACUCCUCCCCAGGGUGUGAGUUCGGCCAGGCUGACAUGCAGAAACUGGUGCCCAAGGAGGAGAAGGCGCCCAGCCCCCCCCAGGGCGGCCGGAGGGCAGAGGGUGAAGCGGAAGGUCCGAGUCCCACAGGGGGGGCGGGCAGUGACCCCCCCCCAGCCCAGGGGCUGCUGGAGGGGAUGGGGCUGGAGGGGGAGGCCCUGGCCCCGAUGGAGACGGACGAGCCGAGCACCGCUGACCCCAAAGCCAAGGCCAAGAUCACCCCGGCCAUGGCUGCCCGCAUCAAACAGAUCAAACCCCUGCUCUCUGCCUCGUCCCGGCUGGGCCGGGCUCUGGCCGAGCUCUUCGGGCUCCUGGUGAAGCUGUGCGUGGGGUCCCCGGUGCGGCAGCGCCGCAGUCACCACGCGGCCGCCGCCGCCCCCGCGCCCACCGCGGCCGCCCGGGCCACGGCCUCGGCCCUCACCCGCCUGCUCACCAAGGGGCUCAGCUGGCAGCCCCCCCCCUACACCCCCACCCCCCGCUUCAGGCUGACGUUCUUCAUCUGCUCGGUGGGGUUCACGUCCCCGAUGCUCUUCGAUGAGCGCAAGUUCCCCUAUCACCUCAUGCUCCAGAAGUUCCUCUGCUCCGGUGGCCACAACGCGCUCUUCGAGACGUUCAACUGGGCGCUGUCGAUGGGGGGGAAGGUGCCUGUGGGCGAGGGCCUGGAGCACCCUGACCUGCCUGAUGGCACCGGCGAGUUCCUGGAUGCGUGGCUGAUGCUGGUGGAGAAGAUGGUGAACCCCAGCACGGUGCUGGAGUCGCCCCACGCGCUGCCCGCCAAGGGACCUCCCCACGGGCAUCCCCCGUUCAGCGCCCUGCGCUUCCUCGUCGUCACUCAGAAGGCGGCUUUUGCGUGCAUCAAGCAGCUGUGGCAGCGGCGGCCGCUGAAGGUGUACGGGGCGCGCAUGGCCGAGUCCAUGCUGGCCAUCCUGUGCCACAUCCUGCGCGCGGAGCCGCUGCUGCGGGAGCGCCUGGGCCGCGAGCGCGAGGGACCCGCAGGCGACGAGCCGGGCGGCGAGGAGGGGGGGCCCCGCCGGGAGCCACACGUCAACCAGCAGCAGCUGCAACAGCUGAUGGACAUGGGUUUCUCCCGGGAACACGCCAUGGAGGCCCUGCUGAACACCAACACCAUGGAACAGGCCACCGAGUACCUGCUCACCCACCCGCCCCCGCUCAUGGGGGGCGCGGCAAGGGACCUGAGCAUGUCCGAGGAGGAUCAGAUGAUGAGGGCCAUCGCCAUGUCCCUGGGCCAGGACAUCCCCAUGGACCAGCGGGCAGAGUCCCCUGAGGAGGCCGCGUGCCGCAAGGAGGAGGAGGAGCGGCGGGCGCGGGAGCGGCAGGAAGAGGAGGAGGCCAAGUGCCUGGAGAAGUUCGAGGGGGCCGAGCCGCUGGAGCCGGCGGAACUCGGAGCCUUCACCGACUCGAUGCUGCCGGGCUGCUCCCGCCUGCUGGACGAGCUGCCCGACACCGUGUACCGCGUGUGCGACCUGCUCAUGACGGCUGUGCGCAGGAACGGGCCUGCCUACAGGGACAGUGUGCUCAAGCAAGUGGUGCAGCAGGUGUGGGAGGCAGCCGAUGUUCUCAUCAAGGCGGCCGUGCCACUCACCACCAGCGACACCAAGACGGUCUCGGAGUGGAUCAGCCAAAUGGCCACGUUACCCCAGGCCUCCAACCUGGCCACGCGCAUCCUGCUGCUCACCCUGCUCUUCGAGGAGCUGAAGCUGCCCUGUGCCCGGGUGGUGGAGUCCAGCUGUGUCCUGGACGUGCUCAUCAAGCUACUUGAGGUGGUCCAGCCCUGCCUUCAGGCUGCCAAGGAGCACAAGGAAGUGCAGACCCCCAAGUGGAUCACCCCUGUGCUGCUGUUGAUUGACUUCUACGAGAAAACGGCUGUGUCCUCCAAGCGCCGGGCGCAGAUGAACAAGUACCUGCAGGCGACGGGGAACAACUGGCGCUGGUUCGACGACCGCUCGGGGCGCUGGUGCAGCUACAGCGCCAGCAACAACAGCACCAUCGACGCGGCCUGGAGGGCCGGCGAGCCCAGCGUGAGGUUCACGGCCGGGCGGCGCCGCUACACCGUCCAGUUCACCACCAUGGUGCAGGUGAACGAGGAGACGGGGAACCGGCGGCCGGUGAUGCUGACGCUGCUCCGACCCCCCCGCGCCGGGAAGGGCCGGGACGGGGAGGGAGGGAGCGAGGACCCCGAGGGGAGGGGCAAGGACGAGACCCCUGCCACAGACCCUCCGCCGGACGACGAGCCCCCACCGCCCCCCACCACCUCCACCACCUCCUCCACCACAGCCCCCUUCCUCCUCCUCCUCCUGCCCCUCUCCCCCUCCCACCGCCGCCCCCUCGCCAUGCCCCGAGGACCCCAAUCAGGGCUGGGGGCCGAGCCCCCCGUGCGGGGGCUGGCGGAGGAGGCGGUGCCCGCCGUGCUCAGGGCCUGUGUGAGCAUGUUGGGGGUGCCCGUGGACCCCGACACGCUGCACGCCACACUGCGCCUGUGCCUGCGGCUGACGCGGCAGCACAAGCACGCCCUGCUCUUCGCCGAGCUGCGCUCCACCCGCACCAUCCUCGCCCUCACCCAGAGCUCCGGCUUCACCGGCUUCACCCCCCUCGUCACGCUGCUCUUCAGGCACAUCAUCGAGGACCCCUGCACCCUGCGGCACACCAUGGAGAAGGUGGUGCGUUCAGCAGCCACGAGCGGGGCGGGCAGCACCACGUCGGGGGUGGUCUCGGGCAGCCUGGGGUCCCGCGAGGUGAAUUACAUCCUGCGGGUGCUGGGCCCGGCCGCCUGCCGCAGCCCCCACGUCUUCACCGAGGUGGCCACGGGCUGCAUCCGCAUCGCCCUGCCGGCCCCACGGGGGUCUGGAACUGCCUCUGACGACGAGUUCGAGAACCUGCGGAUCAAAGGCCCCAACGCGGUGCAGUUGGUGAAGACGACGCCGGCCAAGGCCUCGGCCCUGCCCCCCAUCCCGGAGCCCAUCCGGGACGUCAUCUAUGACAUGCUCAACGCCCUGGCAGCCUACCACGCCCCUGACGAGGGUGACAAGGGGGACCCCAAGAACGCAGCCCCCAGCGAGGUGAGCCAGCUGCUGUCGGACAUUGGGGACGACAUGUACCAGCAGUACCGGAGCCUCACCCGCCCCCCCGGCGACUUCGACCCUCCCGCCGGCUUCAACAUCAAUACCCAGGUGUUCGGUGCUGACGGAGCUGCUGCAGAGACCCCCCCAUCAGGAACCCCCCAGGGGGAAGCGUCCAGCCCCGAGGAGGGCCGGGAGGGCCGGAAGGAGAAGGAAGGGGAGCGCGAGGAGCGGGGGCGGGCGCGGGGCUCGAAGCCCCUCAUGCCGACCUCAACCAUCCUGCGGCUGCUGGCGGAGCUGGUGAGGUCCUACGUGGGCAUCGCUGCCCUGAUUGCCAACUACAGCUACAGCGUGGGGCAGUCCGAGCUCAUCAAGGAGGACUGCAGUGUCCUGGCCUUCGUGCUGGACCACCUGCUGCCGCACCAGCAGAAUGCGGAGGACAAGGACACGCCGGCCCUGGCGCGGCUGUUCCUGGCCAGCCUGGCGGCCGCGGGCAGUGGCACUGAUGCCCAGGUGGCACUGGUCAAUGAGGUGAAGGCCGCCCUGGGCCGGGCCCUGGCCAUGGCCGAGAGCACCGAGAAACACGCCAGGCUCCAGGCCGUCAUGUGCAUCAUCAGCACCAUCAUGGAGUCGUGCCCGUCCACCUCGAGCUUCUACAGCAGCGCAGCCAAGCCACCCCACAACGGCAUGAACAACAUCAUCCGGCUCUUCCUCAAGAAGGGGCUGGUCAACGACCUGGCCCGGGUGCCCCACAGCCUCGACCUGUCCAGCCCCAACAUGGCAAACACGGUGAACGCGGCGCUGAAGCCCCUGGAGACGCUGUCACGGAUCGUGAACCAGCCCAGCGGCCUCUUCGGGGCCAAGGGCUCCUCCAGCAAGAGCAAGGCCGAGGGCGCCGGGGGGGCUCGUGAGGCGGGGGCUGCACCCCCUGAUGGAGGGGACCCCGGGGACCCCGAGCCCCCCGAGGAGGACGUGGAGGCGGCGCAGGCAGAGGCGACCGAUGGGGACAUGGACGGAGAGGCUGAGGGGGACACAGUGGUCCUGACUGGGCAGCCUGAGGGGCUCAGCACCCAGGAGAUGCAGGUGGAGAAUGAGCUGGAGGAUCUCAUUGACGAGCUGCUGGAGCGGGAUGGCGCCGACGGGAACAGCACCAUCAUCGUGAGUCGCUCAGGAGAGGAUGAGUCACAGGAGGACGUUCUGAUGGACGAGGCUCCCUCCAACCUCAGCCAGGCUUCCACCCUCCAGGCCAACCGGGAAGACUCCAUGAACAUCCUGGACCCCGAGGAUGAGGAGGAGCACACACAGGAGGAGGACAGCAGUGGCAGCAAUGAGGAUGAGGAUGACAGCCAGGAUGAGGAAGAGGAGGAGGAGGAAGAGGAUGAGGAUGAUCAGGACGAUGAGGAGGGCGAGGAGGGGGAGGAAGAGGAGGAUGAUGACGAUGGCUCGGAGAUGGAGCUGGACGAGGACUAUCCCGACAUGAACGCGUCGCCCCUCGUGCGCUUCGAGCGCUUCGACCGCGACGACGACCUGAUCAUCGAGUUCGACAACAUGUUCUCCAGCCCCACCGACAUCCCCCCAUCCCCUGGGAAUAUCCCGGCCAGCCACCCGCUGCUGGUGCGGCACGCGGAGCACGGGGGGCUGGGGCUGGGGGGCGGCGCGGGGGGCACCCGCCUGGCCCAGGGGCUGGGCCGGAGCCAGCGGACACUGCGGCAGCUCACGGCCAACGCCGGCCACACCAUCCACGUACACUACCCGGGGGCUCGGCAGCCCAACCCCCCCCUCAUCCUGCAGCGGCUGUUGGGCCCCUCAGUGGCUGCAGACAUCCUGCAGCUGAGCAGCAGCCUCCCCCUGCAGAGCCGGGGCCGGGCCCGGCUGCUCGUGGGCAACGAGGAUGUUCACAUCAUCGCCCGCUCCGACGACGAGCUGCUCGACGACUUCUUCCACGAGCAGGGCAGCGCCGGCAGCCAGGCAGGAACCCUGUCCAGCAUCCCCACGGCCCUGACCCGCUGGACCGAAGAGUGCAAGGUCCUGGACGCCGAGAGCAUGCACGACUGCGUGUCUGUGGUGAAGGUGCCGAUCCUGGCGCGGCUCGAGGCCCUGCGGGACGAGGAGCUGGACGAGCGGCGGGAGAAGCGCCGGCGCCAGGCGGCCGAGGAAGAGGCCAAGGGGGCCGAGAGGGGCCCUGAGGACAAGGAGGGGCCCGACGCCCAGGACGCGGCGUCCAAGGCCGGCACCGCCUCGGCCGAUGUCACCCCCCCAGAACACAGCGGGACGACGGGAGAGACCCCCCCUCCUGGUCCCCACCGGACCCUGGUGAUGCUGGAACCGACACCGACCCCCCCAGACCCUCCCCCAGGAGCCCCCCAAAUUCCCACUCGCCCCCCACAACCCCCCGAGCACGAAGAGGGGGGGCCAGGACGACCCCCCCAAGACGCCGAGGCCACUCAGAUGGAGCUGUCGCCCGCCCCCACCAUCACGUCGCUGUCCCCAGAGCGGGCCGAGGACUCGGACGCGCUGACGGCCGUGAGCAGCCAACUGGAGGGGUCCCCCAUGGACACCUCAAGCUUGGCCUCCUGUACCUUAGAAGAGUCGGGUGGGGCUCCCCCUCCUCCCACAGCCCCCCAAAACCCACCUGGGACCCCCCAGGGAGCCCCACCCGCCACUCCCGAUGCUGCUCAGCCACCUGACGAUAGUUCCCCUCCUGCCUCAUCCUCGGAGAGCUCGUCCACCCGGGACUCUGCCGGGGCCAUUUCGGGGGCCGACUCGCGGGGGAUCCUGGAGGAGCCGCUGCCGUCCACCAGCAGCGAGGAGGAGGAUCCGCUGGCCGGGAUCAACCUGCCAGAGGGCGUGGACCCCUCAUUCCUGGCGGCCCUUCCCGAUGACAUCCGGCGGGAGGUGCUGCAGAACCAGCUGGGGAUCCGCCCCCCUGCCCGGGCCCCGCCCAGCGCCAGCCCCGCCCCGCCCGUGGUGGCCAAUCCUGGCCUGACUGAGGUCAGCCCCGAGUUCCUGGCGGCGCUGCCCCCGGCCAUCCAGGAGGAGGUGCUGGCGCAGCAGCGGGCGGAGCAGCAGCGGCGGGAGCUGGCGCAGGCCACAGGCUCGGACGCGCCGAUGGACCCGGUGACGUUCAUCCAGACGCUGCCGUCAGAGCUGCGGCGCUCAGUGCUGGAGGACAUGGAGGACUCGGUGCUGGCGGUGAUGCCGCCGGACAUCGCGGCCGAGGCGCAGGCCUUGCGGCGCGAGCAGGAGGCGCGGCAGCGGCAGCUCAUGCACGAGCGGCUCUUCGGCCACUCCAGCACCUCGGCGCUCUCGGCCAUCCUGCGCAGCCCCGCGUUCACGAGCCGGCUCAGCGGGAACCGGGGGGUUCAGUACACGCGGCUCGCAGUGCAGCGUGGGGGCACUUUCCACAUGGGGGGCACUGGCACCCACAGCAGGCCGGCGGGCAGCAGCGUGGACAGCCUGCUCCGGCUGCGCGGGCGGCUGCUCCUGGACCACGAGGCCCUGUCGUGCCUCCUGGUGCUGCUCUUCGUGGACGAGCCCAAGCUGAACACGAGCCGCCUGCACCGGGUGCUGCGCAACCUGUGCUACCACGCGCCCACGCGGGGCUGGGUGGUCCGCAGCCUGCUGUCCAUCCUGCAGCGCAGCAGCGAGAGCGAGCUGUGCCUCGAGACCCCCCGCGCGCCCCCCGGCCCAGGCCCCGGUGCCGAGGAGCGGCCGCGCAGCCGCGGCGCCCGCGGGACCCCCGGCUCAGCCACGGAGCCGCGCGGGCUGGACCUGCUGCACCGCGUGGAGUCGCGCAGCUCCGGGCAGCUCUCCUGGCUCUCCGUGUCCAUGGACGCAGCCCUGGGCUGCCGCACCAACAUCUUCCAGAUCCAGAGGGUGCCUGGCCGCAAGCACACGGAAAAACACGCGGCGGCCGCCGGCUCUGCCGUCCACAUCCACCCCCAGGCUGCCCCAGUCGUGUGCCGGCACGUCCUCGACACCCUCAUCCAGCUGGCCAAGGUCUUCCCCAGCCACUUCACCCAACAGCGAGGCCGAGACCCGGCAACAACUGACCCAGAACGCGACCGCGGCCCCCCCAAAUCAGGGGGCAGCCCUUGCCCCCCCACCUCCCCAGACCCCACCGGCGCCCCCGCCCCUCCCCCUUCCGGUGCACCCUCCCCCGCCCUCCCCCCACCCUCCGGCAGCCUCUCCACCGAUUUUUGGGACCUGCUGGUGAAGCUGGACAACAUGAACGUGAGCCGGAAGGGGAAGGGGUCUGCGCGGGCAGGGGGCGGCGGGGGGGGCCCCGAGCCCGAGGCCACCGGGGGGGGCCUGGAGGCGUCGCCCCUGGGGCAGCUGAUGAACAUGUUGUCCCACGGCGUGAUCCGGCGCAGCCCCCUCCUCACCGAGAAGCUGCUGCGCCUCCUGUCCCUCAUCUCCAUUGCCCUCCCUGAGGGGGGCAAGGCCACCGAGGGGGGGACCACGCCCCAGAACGGAGCCUCUGCACCCUCUGCCCCCGCCACGCCUGCAGGGGGGGCUGGGGCAGCUUCAGGGGGAGCAACGGCGCCUGGGAGCCCCCCGGCACAGGGGGGCAAUGGCAGCGGCACGGCCACAGCGGGGCUGGAGGCACUGGAGGUGAGGGGUGACACCAUUUGCCAAAGGCCUCGGUGGCAUCUCCCCUCCCCUGCCACCCUCCCCAAUCCUGUGUCCCCUCUGUCCCCAGCCCCAGCCAAGAGCUCAAAGUCCCCGGCCAAGGUCCCUGAGGGGAGUUCCGAGCCCCGGCUGGCGGCCACGGGCCUGACUGAGGCCCAGCUCCAGCUCUCUGUGGAGGUGCUGACGUCCCACUCGUGCUCGGAGGAGGGGCUGGAGGAUGCGGCCAAUGUGCUGCUGCAGCUGUCGCGGGGGGACGCGGGGACCCGGGACACCGUCCUGCGGCUGCUGCUCAGCGGGGCCCGGCAGCUGGGGGGGGCCCUGUGCCGCCAGAUCGGGACUCUGCUGGCUGAGCUCCGUGAGUACAACUUGGAGCAGCAGCGCCGGGCGCAGCUCGAGGCCCCCUCCCCCGAGGGGCUCCCCGAGGAGCAGCCGCCCAGCGCCAAACUCAAGGGCAAGAUGCAGAGCCGGUUCGACACGGCAGAGAGCGUGGUGAUCGUGGCGUCGCAGAAGCGCGCCCUGGGCGGGCGGGAGCUGCAGCUGCCCUCCAUGUCCGUGCUCACCUCCAAGACGUCCACGCAGCGCUUCUUCCUGCGGGUGCUGCAGGUCAUCAUCCAGCUGCGGGACGACACGCGCCGGGCGCACCGUAAGGCCAAGCCCCCCGGCCGGCUGGGCGCCGGGGGCCUGGGGGCGGCCGGCAGCAUCCAGGCCGCCGUCCGGCAGCUGGAGGCCGAGGCCGACGCCAUCAUACAAAUGGUACGUGAGGGCCAGAGGGCCCGGAGGCGGCAGCGGGGAGACACGUCGGAGGCCGGACAGUCAGACGCCGUCCCCCGGCGUGACGAGUCGCCCAUGGAUGUGGACCAGCCCUCGCCAGCCCCCCAGGACAUGGGCUCGGAGGGGUCGCAGGGUGGGGAGCGGGACGAGAGGCCCCCCGAGCUGCCCCUGCUGAGCGAGCAACUGUGCCUGGACGAGCUCUGGGACAUGCUGGGCGAGUGUCUGAAGGAGCUGGAGGAGUCCCACGACCAGCACGCCGUGCUCGUUCUCCAGCCGGCGGUCGAGGCCUUUUUCCUGGUACACGCCACGGAGCGGGAGAGCCGCCCCCCGGUGCGGGACACGCGGGAGAACCAACUGUCCCACAUCAAGGACGAGCCCCCCCCGCUGUCCCCCGCCCCCCUGACCCCCGCCACGCCCUCGGCCCUCGACCCCUUCUUCUCCCGGGAGCCCUCGGCCAUGCACAUCUCGGCCAGCCUGCCCCCCGACACCCAGAAAUUCCUGCGCUUCGCUGAGACCCACCGGACGGUGCUGAACCAGAUCCUGCGCCAGUCCACGACCCACCUGGCCGACGGCCCCUUCGCCGUCCUCGUCGACUACAUCAGGGUGCUCGACUUCGACGUCAAGCGCAAGUACUUCCGUCAGGAGCUGGAGCGCCUGGACGAGGGGCUGCGCAAGGAGGACAUGGCCGUGCACGUGCGGCGCGACCACGUCUUCGAGGACUCGUACCGGGAGCUGCACCGCAAGACCCCCGAGGAGAUGAAGAACCGCCUGUACAUCGUGUUCGAGGGCGAGGAGGGGCAGGACGCGGGGGGGCUGCUGCGGGAGUGGUACAUGAUCAUCUCGCGGGAGAUGUUCAACCCCAUGUACGCCCUGUUCCGCACGUCCCCCGGCGACCGCGUCACCUACACCAUCAACCCCUCGUCCCACUGCAACCCCAACCACCUGAGCUACUUCAAGUUCGUGGGCAGGAUCGUGGCCAAGGCUGUCUACGACAACCGGCUGCUCGAGUGCUACUUCACCCGCUCCUUCUACAAGCACAUCCUGGGCAAGUCCGUGCGGUACACGGACAUGGAGAGCGAGGAUUAUCACUUCUACCAGGGCCUGGUUUACCUGCUGGAGAACGAUGUGUCCACCCUGGGCUACGACCUCACCUUCAGCACCGAGGUGCAGGAAUUUGGGGUGUGCGAGGUCCGGGACCUGAAGCCCAACGGGGCCAACGUGCUGGUGACGGAGGAGAACAAGAAGGAAUACGUGCACCUCGUGUGCCAGAUGCGCAUGACCGGGGCCAUCCGGAAGCAGCUGGCGGCGUUCCUGGAGGGAUUCUACGAGAUCAUCCCCAAGCGCCUCAUCUCCAUCUUCACGGAGCAGGAGCUGGAGCUGCUCAUCUCGGGGCUGCCCACCAUCGACAUCGACGACCUCAAGGCCAACACCGAGUACCACAAGUACCAGGGCAACUCCAUCCAGAUCCAGUGGUUCUGGCGGGCCCUGCGCUCCUUCGACCAGGCCGACCGCGCCAAGUUCCUGCAGUUCGUGACGGGCACGUCCAAGGUGCCCCUGCAGGGAUUCGCUGCCCUCGAGGGCAUGAACGGCAUCCAGAAGUUCCAGAUCCACCGGGACGACCGGUCCACGGACAGACUGCCCUCAGCCCACACGUGCUUCAACCAGCUGGACCUGCCGGCCUACGAGAGCUACGAGAAGCUGCGGCACAUGCUGCUCUUGGCCAUCCAGGAGUGCUCCGAGGGCUUCGGGCUGGCCUAGGGGGGGUCCCAACCCACCCCCGGGGCCUUCGGGCUGGACUGGGGGGAGUCUGAACUCUCGGGGGGGGCUUUGGCCUGACCUAGGAGGGCUCCAGCCUGGCCUAGGAACGUUCAAGCCUGGCCUGGGAGGGUUCCAGCCUGGCGUGGGGGGACCCUUGACCCUCCCUGGGUUCUCCAGCCUGGCCUAAGGGGGAUGUGACCCCCCCGGGGUCUGCAGCCUGGCCAUGGGGGGCCCCCGACCCCCCCGGGGGCUCUAUAAAUAUAUAUAUAUUUUUUGGUUCCGUUGGCUUUUUUUGGUUUGUUUUGGUUUUUUUCGGGGUUAUUUUUUCCCCCCUUCCCCGGUCCCGGUUUUUGCUGUUUGGGGGGGGUUGGGGGUCCCCCCUCUCCUCCUCCCCCCCUCCACUUCACCCCCCAAGCCCCCCGUGCUGGGGGUUGGGGGGAGGGGCAGGGAUGGUGAAAAGGGGGAAACCCCCCGAAUUAUAAAUAAGAGGUUCGGCCCCUCCCCCACCCCAAAACUGAGAGAAAAAGUUAAAAAAAAAAAAGGAAUAAAAAAGU